UUUCGAACAUAUUAAAACGUAUGAGUAAUUCUACAUUCAGUUCUAAUUUCUAUAUUAUAUUUCGCGUGGAAAACCGAAAAACAUUAAAACAAUAUGAUGGAUAUGAAGUAUUUGAAAAGACUAAGAAGUCGUAGAAAUUCCUCAAAUAUGCCAAUCCACAAAGAGACGAAGAAGUUGUCAUUUUUGGAUUUGCGGGUAGAUUAAGUAGUGAUUCCAGUAGUGGAUUUCUAGUAAUGUGGACCAAUUGAAAGAUAAUCUUUUCAACUGUAAAGAUUGUAUCACGACGGACGUACGUCGUUGAAAACAAGGUACCGAUUAUACUAAUUUCAUUUAACGGAAUAAUUAACGUUUAUAUUCUUUUCGUUAUAUUAUCGUUAUAUUUCAUAAGAUCGUUCAGAAAUUCCGAAGCGAAGCAGCAAAAUUAACGAUAUUAAGAAAUUCGAUGCGUUAUUUUUUGUAAGCUCAUACGGUGGAUCCUAUGUGUAAAAUGAUGCUCAAACAUACUUACAAAGCUAUAAUAGAUGCUGGGAUUAACCCAGAAGAUAUUCGGGAAUCAAGAACAGGUGUAUUCAUAAGUGUAUCUCUCUCCGAUUCCGAGACAACAUUGCUUUAUGGAAAAUAUCAGGCGAUAAUAUCAAUGAAGUCUGGCAUAAUACCGCUAAAUAUUAACUUCAAUGGACUACGAAAAGAUGUGAAAGGUCUUAUAGGAGGACGGAUUGAUGUUGUUACACAACUAACUUGCUUAGAUGGUGAAUACAUAGCUAUUAAUUCUUUCGACUUCGGUGGUGGUAAUGCUCAUGUUUUACUCAAGUCAAAUCCGAAAAUAAAGAUCAACAAAGAAUUACUAUGUAAUGAUUUGUCUAGACUCGUAGCUGUAUCAGGACGUAUCGCAGAAGCAGUAGAAAAUAUAUUAAAUGAGAAGUCAAUAUGUUUCGUCUUCCCUGGAAUGGACUCGCAAUGGUCCGAAAUAUGUAAAGAUUUGAUGAAAUUUCCAACGUUUGCUAAAGUAAUAGAGAAAUGCGACGCUAUGUUAAAACCACGUAAACUCCAUAUUUAUGAGAUUUUAACUAGUGCAGACAAUAUCUUACACUCCUUCGUUGGUAUUGCUGCAACUUAG